CUGUGUUGAGCAGUUAAUCGCAUGACUGUCACUGCCUGUCUCGUGUUUAAUUCACUGUUAGCGGUAAAUCCUGUCGCUCGUGCUCUGAACUGCUGAGGAUCUAGAGCUCGCAAUGGGUGACUGGUGGACAGAUUAUCGGAGUGUUUCGCGCUGUCAGGACACUAGUUUCUACACGGACGAGACCACAACAGGACGUAUGAAGUCAGCGACAGUUUUCAAACAAGAGAAAACUGAAAUGUUACCUUUCUUUCAUUGGAUUAUAACGGAAAGCUGUGCAUUAAUUUAGAGAAGAUCAACAAAAUGUGUUCUAAACUAAUACAUCUCGCUAAAGAUACCCAGUUAGGUUUUGACACACGUGCCGCCCUUCCAACUGGAAUGAAUCUUUCAGAAGUGUGAAGCUCUUCAUAGUCUGUGGAGCGCGUGCACAGGUGAAGAUUCCACAGGUAAAACAGCAUCAUGAUGCCGACGGACCAAACGCGCUCCUCUGUCUCUCCUGUGUAGGGUUCAUAAAUGUCAGAAACGUUAAUGGGACAUAUCAUAGAUAACCCCUGUGGCCAAAAUGAGCGUCUAUUCUCACCUAUGGCGGAUUCUGCAGAUAUUAUUGGCAACGAUAAUCACGGCUGUCACUCAAGAGCUGGACAGUCAGGAGAUCUCCGAUGCCACCAAAUCCUCCACCCCAUAUCCAUUGUUCCUUCCCGUAACUUAUCAGGUAUGGGAUGCUGAAUACUUCCUACUAAAAGAAGCAGGACAGGACAUCAUGCAUAAUUCCAGCAUGCAGAGCCACACACAGCCAUUUGUCAUGCUCCAAGCAGGACGUCUCCCAGUUAUCAAUGCCAGCUACGGCCCACUCUCAACCAAACAGGAGAUCCCUCUGGACUUAGUGCAGUCGGUGCAGUUAUUCCGGCCCUCACCACCAGUUUUCACCCUCAAUUGGAGAGUCCAGUCCUUUAUCCUGACCCGGUGGGUCUAUUCAUCUUCUCCCAAAGUGCGAGUCCUGUUCUACGUGGCUGGGAGAGACUGGGACAGAGGAGAAAAGGAAAAAGAAAUAAAAGAUGAGCUGCCAUGCGUAACUGUGUAUGCCUUCUGGCAGACUCAGGAGGUCCGUGGCUCCUGUGUCAUUCAAAAUGAACAUGGGACCUGCAUGGCAGAAGUUGACCCUCCUGCGAGCUGGUUCAGCCCAGUUGAGGACAGUUCCAGUCGUGAAAGACAAAGGCCAACCCAGGGGAACCCUGUGGAACUGUAUUACCAGGCCCGACCCAGUGCUUAUGGCCCAUGCACAGCCAGUGGGGAGGAGGGCAAGAGAUGGGAUUUGGGUGGUGGAAAUGCUGGGCAGCCUCAGGCUGAGUACAUGCCCGUGACCCCCAUGCAGAGAAUCGGAAGUGUUCGGCUCCAGCAGGUCAAACAAGGUUCCAUGCCAGUGUCUGUGCUCAGACUGAGAGAGUCUGUGGUCAUCCAGACCUCCUCUAAACCCCUUAAGAAGACUGAUAUUGCUUCCUUUUAUGUCUACGUGAGGAGCUCAUCCAACCUGGACACCUUCUCCUUAAGAGCCAUGGUAAAAAAGGGUGUGUCCUUCCGUACAGCCACACCAACCAACACGCUACUAUGGGACAUUACCCUAGACACAGGUCCAGAUGGAAGUGUUGGAGUGAUCUGUCAGAGAAAGACAACUGCAAAUGUGAAAAGAUUAAGCAAACUCCAAGCAGUUCUUCAGAUGGAUUUUGAAGUGGAAGAUGUCAGCAGCCAAUCAGAGAUUCAGGUGAUUAAGUGGGAGUUGACUCUUCCUGAUGAAGUCAAAAUGAUGGGGGCAUCUGAAGGCACCAUGAGGAUCUACACCACUCAGAGGGACUUUGUAGGCCUGGCUCCUCUAGUUAUGGACACCGAGCUGUUGAACACUGCCGUGCUGACUGGUAAGAGGGUUACGGUGGCUGUACGAACCAUUGCUGUGGAACAGGAUGGUUCUGUAACGGAUGUCUCUGACUUAGCUGACUGCAGCUCCACAGAUGAAGAUGUUCUUAAGGUGUCUGACAGAUGCGACUUUGUGUAUGUGAAUGGAAAAGAAACCCAGGGGCGACUGCGGAUGCUGGUGAACUUCACCUACAGUUACCUGAGCGCCCAGCUGGAGAUGAAGGUUUGGUUCCCUCGUCUGCCGCUGGAUAUAGAGGUGUCUGAUACAGAGCUGAGUCAGAUCAAGAACUGGAGGAUCCCUAUCAUGUCCACCAAGAGCAAACCAGGCUGGAACAGUGAGGAAGAGCGUAAGGGCCGGGGCUGUAUGCUGCAGUACCAGCAUGCUUUGGUUCGAGUAUUCACCUACUUUGUGGCAGAGCAAUCAGACCCCCGGGAGCCACAAGCCUUCUUCCUGGGCUCUGACUGGCAGGUGGAUGUGACCAGGCUGGUGCGGUACUUUCUGAAGGUCGAGGAUCCUAAUAUUGCCCAUCUGCAGGCAGGCAGGGUGCUGUCAGGACAAGAUGUGGGCACCACAUCUAUAAAGGUCCUUUCCCCGCUGUCAGACUCUAUCCUGGCAGAGAAGACGGUGAGGGUUGUGGAUGAUCGAGUGACCAUCACUGAACUGGGGCUGCAGUUGGUCAGUGGUCUCACACUCAGCCUGCAGCUCAGCACAGGAAGUAACCGAGUCAUCAGCGCCACAGCAACCACACAGGAAGUGCUCAGCAAUCCUAAACAGGAGGCAGUGUUGAGCUCCUGGCUACAAUUUAGCGAUGGCUCCCUAACUCCUCUGGACAUCUAUGACCCUACUCACUAUCGCCUGGCUUUGACAUCGUUGGAUGUGAGUGUGAUCUCUGUGCAGGAGUCGUCUAUGACUAUUCUGGCAGAAGGUGAAGGCCAAGGAACGCUGGUGAGAGCCGAGAUGACCAUUUGCGAGGUCUGUCAGAAAUCAAAGCGUAAAAGCACUUUAGCUGUAGGCAGUGGGAGCUUAACUGUAAAGUUCCUGACAAACAGCAGACGUCCUGAUAACAGCAGCAUCAAUAAUAAUGACACGGGAAACAGCACAGGACUAUUUGCUGGUGUCACAGAGAAAGAUAAUAGCAGUGAGCGAGGUGAUGAAGGAGAAGAAGCAGGCACUGAGAAUAAGCUGCAGCAGCCAGAACAGGUUUCGAGCAGAAAUUCAGAGUCAGAGCGAGAGGAAAGUGCCUUGAUGAAAAUCACCACCACAGCCAAGUCGACAGCACAAGACUCGACCAUUGGGAGCAUCGCAAAUGAUUUGGGAAUGGGACGGGCUAAUGAUGCCUCGGCUGGAGUCAGUAAACCUGGGAAUAUUUUGAACAGUGGAAAUUUCUUUAGUACGGGAAAAGCAGGCAGCGAUGAUCGCCCAGGAAUUUCCUGGAGUAGUAAUGAAGUUCCUGAGGGUUCAAUGUUAAGCACUGGGAAGGCUUCUGGGAACUUGGUGAACUACAAUAACUACCCUCCCCAAGUUGAAACCCCCAAUCAGGAGCCAAAAAAUGACUAUGGAGAUGAUGAUGAUGAUGAUGACGACAUUGAGGGUCCACUAUCAAGCCGUCCACUUACAGACCUGGAGAUCGGGAUGUAUGCAUUGCUGGGAGUCUUCUGCUUGGCUAUUAUAGUAUUUUUGGUAAACUGUGUAUCAUACUUGGUUAAAUUUCGCCACAAGCAGACACCUGCUCAAGUUUCUGAGCAGACUGGUCACCGGCAUGACUGGGUAUGGCUGGGAACAGAUGCUGAGCUGGUUAUGAACGUCACUGGAAAUCCGUUACAGCAAGAUGCUCACAACACGUCUGUAAUCGACAUAGGACCCAAUACAGAGCCCUGUGGCACUCUCACUCGAAGGACCUCUUGCCAGGUGUCUUCUGUGUCAAAUGACUCCAAUGUUGGGUGUGUAGGAUCCCUUAAACCAGUCCGAAGUGAGUCCCUACACUCACCCACUAGUAAGAGGAAAAGGGUACAGUUCACCACCUUCACAUCCUUGGAUCGACAAACUUCUCCCCAAACUCUACCACAAGAGAAUGGACAUGGCAUUAACUGGGUGGGAAAGGAGGACAAUUGUAUGACACCUGAGGUGUCAGCUGCUGAGUCUUUGCAACAAAUAUGAUCGUGGGCUCACAUGCAGCCUGAUUUAUGCACCCACAGUGCAUAUCUCUAUUACAGGGGUUGGCAACUCUGGCCCUCAAGGUCCACUGUCCUAACUCUAAUAAAACCCACCUGCCUGUAAUUUUAAAGUUUUUCUAAAGCUUUCGGUUAGACUUUUCAAGUGUGUUUGAUUAGGGUUGGAGCUAAACUCUGCAGGAUAAUGGACCUCAUGGUCCAAAGUUGCCCAUCCCUGCUCUAUACAAUCACCCAAAUGCCUUCUUUCUUUGGGAAAGUUGUUCUGUUGGUCUGGCUACACUGGAUUAUGGUCAAGAUAACCAGUACAGUUUCACGGCUUUCAUAUGGCCAAGGUGUGACUUAAAAGACUUCUGCCUCAGUGACUGAUCAUUGUAAAAGGGAGAAAACACACUCUUGCUAUUAUUAUUCAUUAUUAUUUAUUUAUUAGUUUUUUUUUUAAUUCUUUAAUGGGUUUUCACUGGAAAAUUUAAAGAUUUAAGAUAAGUUGUUGAUCUUUGUCUAGAGCCAAACACUGAGUCACUAUUUUCUCUUUGUUUGUUACUCUGCAUCCAUUUUUUAUACAAAAUUGCAUGUGAUUAUUGUAUAGAUAAAAGUUCACUUUGUUUGAAGAUAUUUUACCACCCUGCAUUUGUAUGUACAGUCAAUUGUUUCAUUUUCCAUUAAAAAGCCACAUGAUAAAGCCACGUGUUCAGUGCUUGCUGCUAUGAUAAGAAAUAGAAACAAUUUCAUUUCAUUAUAAAUGAAUGGUAGUUUUUAUCUUUUGUAAUCCAUGAUCUUUUGAUACUUAAAUAUAUGGUAGCGUUUGUAGGCUUUAAUACUGGUAAAAACAUUUGUGAUAAAUCCAGAUGUGAAGCUAAAUGAAAAUUGUGGUCAUAAUAAAAACUCCACACCACCACAAAGUUUGAUUUGACCCCACACAGGCCAAACAUGUCCAGAGCACCACUAAU